AUGAAGUUUGGACGCAACCUUCCCCAGUUCACUGUCCCGGAGUGGAGCGCUUCGUAUAUCAAAUACAAGGCAUUGAAGAAGCUCAUCAAGUCGGCGGCGGAGCAGGUUAAGGCAGGACAGAAUGCGGAUUUGGCCGGUUUCUUUUAUUCCCUUGACCGAAAUGUCGAGGACGUCGAUUACUUCUACAAUAAGAAAUAUGCCGAAUAUUCUCGGAGGCUGAAGCUGCUGGAGGAUCGCUACGGCUACUCCAUGGAGGGUCUUCAUCCAUUGGAGCCCGAGGACCGACAUGACCUUCGCGAAGCUCUCCUAGAUUUGCGCUACCAUCUGCGCCGCUUACAAUGGUAUGGUGAAGUCAACCGUCGGGGUUUUGUUAAGAUCACCAAGAAGUUGGACAAGAAAGUGGGAGCACAGGCCCAGAAGCGGUAUUUGGAGACCAAGGUCGAUCCCACCGCAUUCGGCUCAAAUGCGCGAGCUAUCAAGGGUCAGGAACGAAUCAAUUCCUGGAUGGCCCUCCUCACCGACCAGUCCAAGGCGGAUGAGAAGCUGUCUGAUGAUGCAAGCUCUACUCAUUCAGCAAUUUCACUCAAACGGGGCGCUAGUCGGCCAUACCUCAACCUCCCCACUAGCGUUUUGACGGCCGUGGACGAUGCCAUGAGAAAGGAUGACAUCCAUGUUCUAUUAGAGCUAUUGGAGACACUCAACGCCGCCGCAGAUGAAGCUGGCGAAGGGGUCUAUCCCAGGGUUCUCAAAACUCUUAUCCAGCGUGCUAUUUUACAUCGCUCACGGGCUUGCCUGAGCGCGUUGGUCAACCGCGUUGAGACCCUUGAGGAGGAUGAUGAUAUCAACCGACGUAACUGCUUGCACCGCAUGGUUAUCGCAAUUGGACGUGAACAGCCAACCAAUGAUUCCGAACCGGCUGCGUCGAUGGUGCUGGAUUUCCCUCCCGAAACAACUCGCUUCAUCACUCCUGCCGCGCCGCCAACUUUGCAACCCCCUCGCUCGGUUGUCAAGGAAGAGCACAUGCCUCAACAGCUUGGUCGUGAUGACCCUGCUGUUGCUCUUCUUCAGCACUUGUUGGACGAACUGCGCCCGAACCAGAGGGAAGCAUUGAUGGCCAAGGAUCUCUCUGGGCGUACCCCGUUGCAUUAUGCGGCCCAGUACGGCUUCAAGGUUGUCUGCGAAGUGAUCAUUGAGCAUCUCAAAGCGUGGAACAUGUUUGACGUGAGCGAGGGAAUUGAUGGUACCUUGUGGCAAGAUAACGAUGGAUGGGCCCCGCUGCAUCUCAGUGUGGUUGGUGGUCAUCCGAAAACGACUCGGUGUCUUUUAGAAGCCGAGAAUGGCCAGGACCUUUCCAUCGGAAAAGACUCGGUUCGAAAACAGAUUUCCAAAUCGAGCGCGGUUCUAGCCCUAGCCACCAAGGCUAAUUUUGUCGAUAUUGUCCGCCUUUUGGUGGAUGCCGGCGUGGACAUCAAUUACCAAGAUGAGCAAGGUGAAACUGCAUUGCACGUGGCGGCUCGUUUUGGGCACGAUGAAUGUGCUCGAAUCUUGCUUGAGGGCACAGAAUACCAGAAGGCAAACACAGAGUUGGCCGAAGUUACCUAUGCAUGGACACCGCUGUUCAUCGCAUCAGUGGACGGCAGCUUGAAUGUGGCCAAACUGCUUGUUGAAGCUGGUGCUGAUGUGGAACGCUUUGACUCGUCCGGAUGGACAGCAAAGGAGCAUGCCGCGCUGCGUGGCCAUCUUGACAUCGCACGGUGUCUAGCCGAAGUAAGCCCUGGCCCUCCUGCUGUUGAGCCUGAGUUAGUGGUACCAGUACCUUCAUAUAGCCCUUCUCCGUCAUCAUCACCCCCAGCCCAAUCUUCUCUGGCUGAUCGGCGGUCAAAUGCCCCGGCUCCCACCUCGGGGAGUUCUGGGCCGCGAAAUGCUGAGCCUAUUAAGACUUUUGGACAUCGGUAUCUCACCGACGAGACCAUGAUCUUGGUCAGCCUUGGAACAAUGGACAUGCGCCAACCCUUGGAGACGGUGAACCUCGACCGAAUUCCCAUGGAGGAUGCGCACGCGACACAGCUUGAUACCACUCUCUCAUUAGUGGUCAGUGCUAGUGGUGCCCGUGGAGAGCCGGAAGUGAUUGAUCUUCCUGUACAAGAAAACAUCUCCACGGAGCCGAUUGUAUUCCAUACUUCGGAUCCCAGCAAAGUGCGCCUUCUCUUCGAUCUUGUGCCUACAUAUGCGGGUUCCAAGGACCAAAUUGUCGGUCGUGGUGUCGCACUUCUUUCCAGCAUCAAGCAAACUAUUGGGUCCCAGCGAAUCAAUCUCAAGGGUGACUCCACCAUCCCUAUCGUCGCAGCAAACACCUUGGAUGUCAUUGGCUCUGUGACCUUUAAUUUUCUGGUCAUCACCCCUUUUAAGCACCCAAAAAUGUCGGUCACUGGUAAACAGACCUAUUGGCGCUCUAUGAGCUCCACCAUGGUCAUUGGUCAUCGUGGCUUGGGUAAGAACAUGGCCAGCCGAAAUUCUCUUCAACUGGGUGAAAACACGAUCCAAUCGUUCAUCGCAGCUGCUAAUCUGGGCGCUUCUUAUGUGGAGUUUGACGUCCAGCUCACCAAAGAUCAUGUUCCUGUCAUUUACCAUGAUUUCCUGGUCAGCGAGACAGGAAUUGAUGCUCCAGUGCACACUCUCACACUGGACCAGUUCUUGGAACUCGGUAAGGGUCGGCACCGAAGUGUGCUGCCCGAUAGCGUGGACAUUCACGGCUUUCCAGGCCUUGGCCCCCGCCAGCGAUCAAUGUCUGUUGGCGGGUCCGAAUACAACCCCGCUGAAUUGACUGAAAAGAUUAAGCACACCCGUGACUUCAAGAAGAAGGGAUUUAAGGGUAACACCCGCGGCGAGCAUAUCCAGGCCCCAUUCGCCACAUUGGAAGAGCUCUUCAAGAAAAUUCCCACGCCCGUUGGCUUUAACAUUGAAUUAAAAUACCCCAUGCUCCACGAGAGCGAGGAGGAAGAGAUGGACACUUACGCUGUUGAGCUGAACUCAUUUGUCGACACCAUUCUCACCAAGGUUUACGACUUGGGUGCCGGCCGCGACAUGUUGUUCUCCAGCUUUAACCCUGAUGUUUGUCUUCUGCUCUCUUUCAAGCAGCCGUCGAUACCGGUGCUCUUCCUUACCGACGCCGGCGCUUCCCCCGUCGGCGAUAUUCGUGCUAGCAGCCUGCAAGAGGCCGUCCGAUUCGCUUCGCGAUGGAACCUCCUAGGUAUCGUUAGCCAAGCUGAGCCGCUAGUCCUAUGCCCUCGUCUUGUCCGCAUUGUCAAGGAAUCCGGUCUUGUCUGUGUAUCCUACGGUGCUCUGAACAAUGAUGGCGUGAACGUGGACUACCAAGUUGCUGAAGGCAUCGACGCUGUCAUUGUCGACUCUGUUCUCGGCAUCACCAAUGGGCUUAUUCAACGCCAGAACAGGGGUGAAAUGACCCCAGGCCCAUCGCCAAACCCUACUCCCGUUGGCGACCAGGCUGCAGACUCAGCCAAGGGUGCUAUUCGAGUUCCUGUUCUCAAUGGUGCGAAAUAG